UUGCCCACACUGAGCCCAAUUUCUAACGGAGAAUAGAAGUAUCGCCCGGCGGACAGUCGUGGUAGUCUUCUGGCUCGGAUAUUUGUAAUUUUCUGGAUUUAUACGCUACAGAUCAAUUCCGGGAUGCCUUCAAAUGUACAAGGAGGAAAAACAUUUGGACUGUUAAAGGAGCAGCAAAGGUCAAAAUUGGAAGAAAUAAACAAGGAAUACCUGGAAGACCAGAAAUACAGGGAUGAAGAGGACCUGGCUGAAAAACUGGAAGGUCUCAAAAAUAAAUAUGCUGAGUUUGACCUGAAUGACCAAGGAGAAAUUGAUCUCAUGGGUCUAAAGCGGAUGAUGGAGAAGCUGGGGGUGCCCAAGACCCACUUGGAGUUAAAAAAAAUGAUUGUUGAGGUGACGGGUGGCAGCAGCAACACCAUCAACUACAGGGACUUUGUCAAGAUGAUGCUGGGCAAGCGUUCAGCUGUGCUCAAACUAGUCUUGGUAUUUGAGGACAAAGCCAACGGCACUCCCUGCAAACCAGACGGACCCCCUCCAAAGCGGGACAUUGCUAGCCUGCCUUAACUGUAGAUGUCAGCCUCUGGACUGCAAGUGACUGUCGGUGGUUGCGUGAAAUUGAGACGUUCUCCUAACAUGUGGAGUGUUGUAUUCGUGUGGGACCAGUGAUUGAGGAUGUUAUUUUGUAAUAUACGGUGUGUGCAAGGUGUUUGUCAUUUGGAAGACUGAGCCCACAACUCACUAAAUGAUGUUUGACUGUGAAUAUUAUUAUUCAUCUUUUUUCCUUUUUAAUUGAAAUGUAGCAUUGAUAGUUGUAAUCUGCUUGAUAAUUACAUUUUGUAUUACGCAUUUCAUGGUUCAUCUACUCUAUUAUUAAGGGAAGACUCCAAAUUCUCCAGAGGUUGUUUUUCCUUCAUUGUUUCUUCGUUUCAGUUUUGGGACGCAAUAAUUUUACCAUUGCGAUAGAACGCUUUUGGAGAAGCCCAAGGAGAAAAGAAGCAUUUUUUUCCAACACAUUUUUGCACUGUCCUCAGUGGUCUUGGAUGGAUUCCUGCCAGGCUUAUUUUAGUCAGCAUCUUGCUUUAGAUCAGGUGCCAGAGAUUACAGGCCCACCCUAUUUCCUCUGGGUCAAAGUCAUCAGCCCUUUGAGCCAGAAUACUGAUCUGGAAUCAGUAACUAGGUUACAUGGCCGCCUCAUUUUCUGAAAAACAUUUUUAUUUUUUUGUAGAUGACUGCUUUGCAAUGCGUUUAUAACAUUCACUCACUAGCUGAGAGAAGAAUAGGAGAUCAUGUUGACCAUGGGACUUUCAGUUUCAGUAUGUGGCUUAAAGAAAAGCAAAUCUCACUCCGUUUUUAGAUCUGUAAGGUUAAGCACAUGUUAAUUUUGGAAGGAGUGUGAUUUACAGGCACACAAGCAUACAGUAACAAAUGUACAUAAUAUACUACACACAGUACAAUCAUAUCCUUUCCAAGUGCCUCAACAUGCAGAUACUGUAGAGCCUAAACACAGAUUAAAAAAGGAAGUGCACAGAAGUGUUCAAUUCACACAGUCCUCUUAACUUACUAAUUACAGAAAACCGUGAAAUAAUGUUCUGUUAUUUUAGUUUUGAUGAAGUUUGUUGAAUUAUAUUGAUAUGGCGUUUCCAAUACAUUCUGAGUGAGUGCUGUUCACGGGUGGUGUUUCUUUUUUAAAUGUAGUUUUUUUUUUCCCUUUUUCUUACCAUUAUUUGUUUGUCACAGCAAGCGUUUUAACUUGUUUGUUGGGUGUUUUGACUGUUUAGUUUACCAUAUGCUUCAUACAUGUGUUAAUAGUUGCUAUUUGUCUUGGAUUCAUUUUUCUCCCUCACAUUGUUUCACAUCAGCUAACCAUCUCCCUCUCUGUUGAACUGUGUUCAUUGUCCUGUGAAUUCUGUUAUUUGUGCCUCAGUGUUCCUGUAACUCACGCUACUUACUGUGAAUUUGGUACUUGUAUUUUUAACCCACUUAACACGUUUUAAGCUAUUGUGUUAUUUUGUUUUCAGUCUGAUAGUUAUAUUACAUCGUUUAAUGUUGUUAAGAUGCACAUUGUUUGCAGACAUCAAAGGAAUUAAAAUAAUUCUUACACUUGCCUGUUAAGUUUUGAAUUGUUCAUUGUUGUAAUAGAGAUCUCUUUUAAACAUGCGACCAAUUUUGAAUUUGGGUGUAAAAUGACAUGUUUAAUAGGUAAAGAGUAAUGUUUUCAUUUCACUAGUAAACACCAGUGUUUGUUCAUAACAAAUUUCCACGGUUUAUUGCAGGAGAUGGCAUGCUACAUUGAGAGGGAGAUUUAGUCAUAGCACCUAAUAUGACAGCUGAGUGGCCUUGGCUUGCAAACAACUCCACAGUCAAAACGAUUGGCUGUCCAUCAAGCUAGGGGGAGUUUUAUGUGUUGUAAAAGAUCCCAUUGCAACACAUGUUUGGCAAUCUGUUAAAACAAGUCGAGUGUUGUAAUAAUGUUUUCAUUUCAUAUUUUUUCUCAUUAACUUGUCAUGUUGCUUAAUACUUGCAGGUGCAGCUGUAUACAUUCAUACUCCUGAGCAAUAAAAUGGUUUAUAAAGAAAGUCAA